AUGGUCGAAGACAGCAAGAAUAAGGCGAUACGGGGUAAAGGUAAUGCCGUUAGCCAUUGUAACGGUGCACAAGCAUGGCAGAACUCUGCAGCGAAAUUCAUUGCCUUUCAAAAAAGUAUCGCCACUAGUAGCGCACCUGAAGAUGGCUUCGCGGAACGUCUGCGUGAUGCAAUGGCCGUCAUUCACCAAGUUAUCAAAGAAUAUCCUUUGGAAAGCAUAGCGUUGUCUUUUAAUGGUGGAAAAGACUGCACAUUACUACUGCAUUUGUUACGAGUCAAACUUGAUGAGGUAUAUGGACCCGGCAAAUCCAUCCAAGCGUUUCACAUUGUUGGCGGCGAUUCUUUUCCAGAUGCGACUGAAUUCAUCGAAGAGGCGUCUAAAUGGGUUUCUAUCGUUUUAUUUGUUUGCAGUUAUAACGUCGAAGUUUUGGAAUUGUGUGGUCCCAUUAAAAGUGGGCUUGAGCAACUGAAGAAGCAGAGACCGGAAAUUAAGGCGGUUUUGAUGGGCAGUAGGUCGACCGAUCCACGUGGUGCGUAUAUGCGCGCAAAAUGCGAGAUGACCGAUCCUGGAUGGCCCACAUUUUUAAGGGUAUGUCCAAUUCUGGAUUGGUCAUAUGCAGAUGUGUGGCGUGUACUUCGCGGUCUUUACAUACCAUAUUGCCGUUUAUACGAUCUUGGUUAUACUUCGUUGGGAGAGAGGGGUACAACUCUACAGAAUGAGGCAUUGAAGGUGGUGGAUAAAAGUGGUAAAUUAGUGGGUUAUCAGCCAGCGUAUAUGCUUGAACGUGACGAGUGGGAACGUCUCGGCAGAAUCACUGGAUAG